CAUAGAAACCUCACAUCAGAUUUGAUCUGUAAGAUAAUACUGACAGCUACUGAUUUUCGAAAAAUGUCAAAAUUUAAAGUUUACAUUACUAGAAGAAUACCAGAUUCUGGUUUGGAGAUACUGAAUGGUCACUGUGACAUAACGAGCUGGGAGGGAGAGGAUGCCAUUCCCAAGGAAGAGUUAAUGAAACACGUGCCGGGUAUAAAUGGUCUGCUGUGCAUGUUGACAGAUGACAUUGACAAAGAGGUCAUAGAAAAGGCCGGGCCGAAUCUGAAGGUGAUCACAACCAUGUCCGUGGGUUUUGAACACAUAGAUAUAGAGGAGUGCCGAAAGAGGGGGAUAUUGGUUGCCAAUACUCCGAAUGUUUCAACUGACAGCGUGGCUGAGCUGACCUUAUCACUACUGCUGAUGACUGCCAGGAGAUUGGUAGAAGGUGUAGAUGCUGUGAAGAAUGAUCAGUGGGGGCCAUGGAAACCGAUGUGGCUGUGUGGUGUCGAACUGACCGGUCGGACAGUCGGAAUCCUUGGACUCGGAAGAAUCGGUUAUGGUGUAGCCAAGCGUGUACGACCUUUCGGAAUCAGCCGUAUCCUCUAUAACGAUGUCUGUCAGGUGAGUCAUGCUGAUGACGUAGGUGCGGAGUUCACAGAUUUCGAAAAUAUGAUCAAAGAAUCGGACGUAGUAAUUAUAUGUUGCAACUUGACGGAUUCAACCAGGCACAAGUUCAACAAGGAUACGUUCAAGAAAAUGAAGAAGACCGCCAUCUUAAUCAACAGUGGUCGAGGGGGCGUUGUCCAGCAUGACGAUCUCUAUGAUGCACUCACUUCCGGCGAAAUCUAUGCUGCGGGAUUGGACGUCACUGAACCGGAACCUCUACCACAUGACCAUCCAUUGGUAGGUUUGCAGAACUGUGUCAUACUUCCUCACAUGGGAAGUAACACUUGGGACUCUAGAAACCAUAUGGCCGAAACUGCGGCCAAAAAUAUCAUUUCCGUUAUGAACGGCGAGAUUCCUUACGGUCUUGUCAAAUAAGUGGGCAAAAGCAUAAGUGAUCAAAACAUCACAGCUGAACAUUUAAAUAAAAUUAAGAACAUUUUAUUGUUUACCGAGUGAAUGAAAACUUACUAAGAUAAUAGUUAAACGGACCAGAAAUGUCAUUUCAUUGUACCGGUGUUACAUUUCAAUAUAAGACUCCAUGACUGCAAUAUGUCAAAAAAUGAUAGUUAAAAUUUUUUGCUUAUAUCCAGUUUUAAAAUUGAUUUAUUGAUAGUCAAAAAUUAAAA